AUGAACGCAUCAAGAGCCGUAUUUUCUAAAAUUUUUUGGCCAGCACAUGCUUGUUCAUUACAUACUAAACCAGGAUUCUUAGUUGGUUGGAAUGUUCGUAGUUUUACUGCAUGUGUUGCUGCAGUAAUAUCUAAUGUUAAGCUUAGUGAUUUAGAGACCACAUUGUCUGCCUUGUCAACAGAUAAUAGUUCAUCAUUCAUAUAUAUGGAAACGGUUUGUGGUGAACCUCCAAUAGUUUUGGGUGUAAUGACUACCGCACAUUCAGAUAAUGAAAGUGAAACAGAUAAUACUCUUUUAGAAGAAAAAAAAAAAUCUGCAUCUUUUUGGAUGACAAUGCAUUUACAGAUUAAUAAUUUGCCAUCAUUAAGAUCAAUACAUUGUUGUGGCUAUCGUUAUCGAGAUGUAAGUUCAGAAAUUAUUUUUUACAAGCAACCAAAUCCAACUAGGCUACAAUACCUCUCACUUGAACCAUUAGUGUUGGAUAUUCAGCAAAAUAGUGGACAAAUUAUUGAAAAACACUCAAUCGCAUUAAAAAGUAGGAAAAAACUUAUAAAUUCUCAAAGACAAAUGAAUACUAUGUAUCUUAUCUUAAAUCAGAUUAAUUCAUCAUUUGAAACUGAGAAAGCCAUAUUAACCAGAUGUCGCCUUUUCACCAUAAGACGUAAUAGACGUAGCACAAGUGUUUCAGAAACAGUUAAAAAAUCAGCAGUUGGAAUAGGGAAAUUCAUAAAAAACAGUUUUCUCUAUCCAAUACAUUACGCUAUUCCUAUGAUUCGGCCAAUAAUUGCACAGCCUAUGAUUUAUCUGUUAAUGUUGGUUAGAAUAUUUGCAGAAUUAAUACUUUGGAUUUUAAAUCUAAGAUUUCCAACAUGGAUGUUUAAUGGAACAGCAUUAAAGGAUUUAUCCGCAACAUUGCAGCAAAUUGAUUUACGUCUUCAACAAGCAUGUUUUUGGCCUUGGCAAUAUAUGCUACUUAGACGAAGGGAUUGGACUAAUACUGCAACAACAAGAGCACAAUAUAUAAGUUUCUACAAUAGUAUGUGGCUUGUAGCAAAUGAUAUAAUAAUUGGUGUCACAUUUGGAUCCUUUCUUUUUAAUAAUAGUGAACACGUUGCAAAUAUUAUUUUGAAGGAGUAUCUUGAUCAUUACACUAUAGCAAAAUUAGUGUCUAUGAUUGAUUGGUUGAUGGGUUGGCCAGCUGGUUUAAAAUUAAACAGUGAUCUUAAUAAAUUUAUGGGAGAAUUGUUUUUGUGGCUAAUUGAUUUAUGGAGAGAUUGUGUUGCAGAUGUGGGUCCAUUAACACCUAAAAUAAUGCAAAUUAUCGGAUUAUCUGGAAUGUUGGGUGCAUCUAUGGUUAUAUCACUUCUUUCAGAUUUUUUAUCCUUUAUGACAUUACACAUAUAUUUGUUUUAUAUGGUUGCUGCUAAAAUAUAUAAUUGGCAACUUACAAUAUUAUAUUCCUUGUUUAAUUUAUUUCAAGGAAAAAAAUGGAAUACAUUAAGGAAAAGAAUUGAUUCUUGUGAUUAUGAUUUAGAUCAACUACUCUUAGGAACAAUUUUAUUUACUUUAUUGACUUUCUUAUUUCCCACUGUGGUAGUAUAUUAUGCUACUUUUGCAGCAGCAGUCAUGGAAACACUGUUAGCAUUUUUGAAUCAUUUUCCCUUAUUUGCAAUAAUGUUAAGGUUCAAAGAUCCAGAAAGACUACCAGGUGGUUUAAGAUUUGAAAUUUGUGAUCCUGAUUAUUUUGCAACGUAUGGAAUUGCAAGGGUUGUGAAAGGAAUAAAAUCUUUUUGGCCAUGGACAAAUAAUUCUCAUAAAAACAUUAUUGAAGAUCAAACAAAACGAUCUAUCAUUGCAACAAAAGGCAGCUCUUCUUCUAUAAUACAUAAUCGAGAUUUUAAUUCAAAAGUAUCUGAUCAAGUAAUUAGGCUAAGGAAAAAUAUAAUAUAUGAAUCUGAUAAUGCUUCAAUUGUAUCGAGCACAACAACAUCACCAACAAAGUUAUUUCCAAAUAAUUCUUCUACAUUUAUAUCAGCCCCUAAU